GGCUAAUUUUUCGUGGGCAAAAUGGGGCGGGUAAAAAAUUCACUCCCUCCCUUUUCUUUUUCAUUUCCCACCAUUUAUUUACUUUUUUGGUUUUUAUGUUUUCUCUUUUAACAAACCCAAAUUAACCCAACAGCCAAACUUCACCAAAAUUAACGAUACCCAGCUCCAAAAUUCACCGUUCCCAAAUCGAUUGCUCCCAAUAUUCGGCCAUCGAUUCGUACUCGAAAUUUCGUUGAUUAACUCAUCAUUAUUUUUGUGGGAUUUAGAGUUUUGAGAAGACAUUUGAGUUUGGGUGAUUUAAUUUCUCUGUAAUGGCUGCAAGAAUCGUUCUUCAACAGCAAAACAAAGGCUGAAGGAUCUCCAUCAGAGGUGUACAAAAGUGAUGGAUGCGUAUGCUGGAUGCAUGUACUACAAUACAAAUGAAUUUGAAAUGUGUAGAAAAGAAUAAAAGUAAUUCGAGGAGGCAUGUCCUUAUUGACUGUCAGUACCAGUGGACUGUGAAGUUUCCUGAGUUAGAUCGACAACUACUAUUGAGCACUUGACGGGAGAAGUCAAACCUUUAGAUAAGAAAGAAGGGGACAGUAUUCCUGGAGGUGCACGAAACCUGGACGGUAUGCCCUUCAAUUUUCCAUAUUCGGAUUGCAUUCAAUUGAUUUAAAUUGAAACAGCUUCAUUCCAAAAUGAUUGAAAAGAGUUGGAUUAAGAAGCCAAUUAGAUCAAAUGAAUUCUCAGAUGGUGUAGUCCAAUUUUUGAACUUUGCCUUUUCGAAUGCAUCUGUAGAUGGAAAAAUUGUAUGUCCUUGCAUUACAUGUGGAUUUAAAGUUAUGUGCAAUAGAGCUGAUGUGUUUGGUCAUCUCCUUCAAAAGGGGUUUCCAGAAAAGUACACAUGUUGGUAUAUGCAUGGGGAAAAGCAUGUUCAAUCUAUCGUAGAAUCAAUAUCCCCGGUACAAGAUGAGCCGGUUAGACAAUAUCCGAUGCAUGAUAUGUUGAAUGAUGCUUUUGGUGUCUUUGAUAAUGACUUUCAAGAUUCUGGUCCAUCAAAUCUACCAAAUAAUGACCAUCCUGGGGGUGCUGAAGAUAAUGGUCAAGAAGAGAGGGACAAAAUUAAGGAGUUGUUAGAGGAUGGGAAUCAAGAACUUUAUGAUGGUUGUGCAAAAUAUAGUAAAUUGUCAUUCAUGGUUCAUUUUUAUCAUAUUAAGGUCUUAUGUAGUGCAACUGAUAAAACAUUUUCAAUGAUUCUUGACCUUUUAAAGGAUGCUUUUCCCCAUGCGAAACUACCAUCAUCAUUUUAUGAGUCAAAAAAGAUGAUUAAGAGGUUAGGUUUGGGCUAUGAUAAGAUUGAUGCAUGUCCGAACCAUUGCAUGUUAUAUUGGGGAUCAUCCGAGGAUAAGAAGAGAAAUAAAUGCAAGAAGUGCAAUACAUCCAGAUAUAAUUCAAAUGAAAAUGAUGUUGGUGCAAAUAUUGUGAUUGAUGACCAACAGAAAAAGAAACCAAAGCCAGUGAAAGUAUUGCGGUACUUUCCACUUAUACCUAGGCUGAGAAGGUUAUACAUGUGCUCAAAAACUGCAGAACUCUUGAAGUGGCAUGCUACAAAGGCUAACCCAGAUGAGUUAUUACGACAUCCUAGAGAUGGCAAAGCGUGGAAACAUUUUGAUUCAUUCUAUCCAGAUUUUACUUCAGAGACCCGUAAUGUGCGACUUGCUUUAGCUACAGACGGUUUCAAUCCUUUUGGAAAUCUAAGUUCCAAUGUUAGCAUUUGGCUUGUGAUGUUGUAUAUUUAUAACUAUCCUCCAUGGUGUUUUAUGAAGCAAACUUCUCUUGUCAUGUCUAUGAUAAUUCCUGGUCCUAAAAUGCCUGGAAAUAGCAUUGAUGUUUACUUGCAACCUCUAGUCGCUGAGUUAAAACAGUUGUGGAGCGAUGUACCUGCUUAUGAUUCCUCAACUAAAGAAAUGUUUCAAUUGCGUGCUGCAUUGAUGUGGACCAUAAGUGAUUUUCCAGGUCUUGACAACUUGUCUGGGUGGAAUACACAUACAUCGCUUACUUGUCCAUCAUGUAAUUUUAACACGGAAUCUCUAAGGCUAAAGUUUGGUAGGAAAAAUUGCUUUAUGGGACAUCGUCGUUAUUUGCCACAUGAUCACAAGUAUAGGUACAAUAAGCAGUCCUUUAAUGGUUUUGAAGAGCAUAGACCUGCCCCUAUCCCACCCUCAGGUUCAACCAUGUUAAGGCAAAUUGAGGAGAGUCGGAAGAGACCGCGUGAUUGUUCUACAAGUGAGGUUGGCCCGGAUCAAUGGAAGAAAAAGAGUAUUUUUUGGGAUUUACCUUAUUGGAAGAACAAUCUUAUUCGUCAUUGCCUUGACAUGAUGCACGUAGAGAAGAAUGUUUGUGACAAUAUAUUGUUCACCGUACUUGGUGACAAAAAAAGAUCAAAAGACAAUUUGCAAGCUCGUAAGGACUUGCAAGCGAUGGGAAUUAAAGAAAAGCUUCAUCCAUAUCCUAAUUCUUCCAAGUUUCCUCCAUCAUGCUUUAUCAUGAAGAAAGAGCAGAAAGAUAUCUUCCUAAAAGUUUUAAAAAAUGUGGUUUUUCCAGAUAACUACGCAUCAAACAUUUCUAGAUGUGUUGAUCUUAAGAAACGCAAGAUCUCUAAUUUAAAGAGCCAUGAUUCCCACAUUCUGAUGGAGCAUCUUUUGCCAAUUGCUUUUAAAAGAUCUCUUCCUAAAGAAGUUACUUCAGUGUUGAUUGAGUUAUGUAACUACUUUAGAGAAGUAUCAAGAAAGGUUCUAGAUGUAAAGUAUAUCGAGAAGCUCCAACAAAGAAUUUGGUUGACUCAUUCUAAUCUGGAAGUCAUAUUCCCUCCAUCAUUUUUCACUAUUAUGGUUCAUUUGGUCAUUCAUCUUGGAGAGGAAGCAAUUCUUGCUGGUCCUGUACAAGGUCAUUAUAUGUAUCCUGUUGAAAGGGAACUCGGCCAUUUGAAGUCUUAUGUUCGUAACAAUUCCGCAGCAGAAGGCUGUAUAGCUGAAGGGUAUAUUUUGGAGGAAUGUCUCACUUUUUGUUCAAGAUAUUUGGAGGAUGGUGACAUAGAGACAAGGUUUAAUCGACCAAGGCGUAAUGAUGAUGAAAAUGAGAUCCGUGCUAGUAGUGAAUCUACUAUCUUGUCAAACUUGUUUCCUGCAUCAGGCAAGCCUGUUGGGGCUAUUAAGACUCUACCGAUACCUCCCUUGGAAAUCAUACAAGCUCACCGAUAUGUUUUAACCAAUUGUGAAAUAGUUGAUGCAUUUCGAGAGAAGUUUAGGACUGAGGUCGCUAGGAUGCUUCGUGGCAGAAGAAACCAAUCAAAAACUGUGGAAGAACAUGUGCACAAACAUUUUCACGAGUGGUUUAAGGAAUAUGUUGCAAGAAAUGAUGGUGCGGAUAUUACACCCGAAAUUGAAUGGCUUGCAAAUGGACCAAAUAAUGUUGUGAGGAGAUUCAAGGAGUAUAACGUUCAUGGAUUUAAGUUUCGUACUAUGAGGAAGGAGCAGGGAUUGACAACACAAAAUAGUGGCAUUGUUAUGUCUGCUGUUACCAAGAGAUUUUCAAGUGGUAGAGAAUCUAUUGAACAGUCAAGUGAUGAUAUGUACUAUGGCAAAUUGGUUGACAUCAUAGAGUUAAAUUAUUACGGUAAGUUAAAGGUUGUGUUAUUCAAAUGUAUUUGGGUAGACACUACACUUAACAAGGGAAUUAAGAUAGAUCAAUUUGGGAUAACAAGUGUAAACUUUUCACGUUUGAUACACACUGGUGCAAAAGAAACAGAUGAACCUUUUAUACUUGCAACUGAUGCUAGAAUGGUGUACUAUAUUGAUGAUCCAGUUGAUGAAGAUUGGUGUUUUGUUUGUCAUAUGAAGCCUAGAGACGUAUAUGAUAUGAGAGAUGUGAAUUAUGUGGAUUUAGAGGAGCCAUCAAUGGAGGACAUACCUUUUCGUGAGCAACAUUUGGAGAAUAUCGAAGACCUACAAUUAGUGCGGGAUGAUCGCUCUGAACAAGAACAAGAUGAACCAACUCAUGAUGAUUAUGAAAGUGGCGGUGAUGGAGAUGGUGAAGGAAUUUUGGACUAAUUUUACUGCAGAGGCAGCAACAGCAGCAGCAACAUCAACUGGCGCAGCAGCAACAGCAGCAGGCGCAACAACAACAGCAGCAGGCACAGCAGCAACAACAGCAGGCACAACAGCAACAGCAGCGCAGAGAUGGUGCAGC